AUGACCGGCAACCACACCCUGUUCUGUCUUGUUGAAGGAGAGGCUACCUCCAACGCGUUCCCUGUCGAGAUUGGGUCAACUAAGACAAUCGGCGACCUCAAGGAGCUCAUCAAGACCGAGAAGACCAACGUCUUCAGCGAUGUCGAUGCAGACCAGCUUACCUUGUGGCGUGUCUCGAUCCCAAUCACCGACGAGGAUGACGAAGUUCUCAUCGUGCUCAACUCCUUCGAUGAGAAGAAGAAACUCGGUCCAGCAAAUCGUCUUUCCAAGGUGUUCCCUGAGGACCCACCAGAAGAGACUAUUCAUAUCAUCGUUCAACAUCCUCUGCUGCCGCAAUCAGGUGACCUCAAUCCCGAAGUCGCAGCAUUACGGAAACGGUUGUCGGACGUCCUUGAUUCGUUUAUCACUUUUGGAAUUGUCGUCAAGCCUGAGAGAAUGGUCACGUGCAAUUGGUCUGCCGCCAUUGAUACGGUGACUGUGAGUGACUUGAUGAAGGUUCUCGUUGAGUUUUAUCCACAGUACGAUCAUGACAACUAUGUGGAAUUACAUUUCUAUAUCACAGGCAGCAGCCCGCCGGAACCCAUACGCGAUGACGAGGACCUGCGCAGAGUACUCAGGGUCGCCAAAACUCAAUCCAUGAAGCAGCUGACCAUAUCACUGACUACCCCAACCAAGGGUUUCUCCGCAUGGACAUUCAAGGAUGUCGUUUCUGAGUAUAACCUCUCGGAAUCAACCGGGGUCGGCAUUGAGGUUCUUCCGCCAUUUACCGAUAUCCAAGCUGCAUCUCUGAACUCGGAACCUGAGAAGAAGGUGCUGGAAAAUCUCCUCAGCGAGGUCGGAUUAAGGGUGGACGUUUUGAAGCUGCUGGGCGCGAACGAGGCAACACGAUCAAUGGUGGUCGCUUCGUUCCUGCUCGCAGCGACAAAGCUAUUCGAGGAAGACUUAUAUCUUGCAUCCCAACGAGACCUCAGCGGGCGCCGAGGCAAUGGAGCGCUGGACUUUUCGGUCCAUCCACGGACGACGCACUCGUGCACCCUUGGCGUGACGGAGGUGAAGAAGGAAAACUUGCCACAAGGCGUGGCUCAGAACAUUGUGCAGCUGGAAGCGGCCCUGACAACAAAGAAACGCAAGCGCGGGACGUACGAGAUUGACGGGGAGGAAGAGUCUCUGAAAUCUUACGGAAUUGUUACCGACGCAAGCCAGUGGCUGUUGCUUGAAUGCACGCUGCAUGAAGACGAGACGGUGACGUACAGGAUGAAGGAGCUUGAGCGAACUGUAAACUACAGCGGCGAGUGGCAGGAGGAUGCGAAAUUUGUAUUCAAACGGCUUGUUUGGCUUUGGUCUCGCAUGCGGGAUGAAAUACCGGCGAGCGAGAGGUACUCCCGGAAAGUAACUUCAGCACCCAGUGUCAGGAAGAUCGGCUCGUGA